AUGUCCUCUGGUAAGAAGACCGUCGCUGGCGAGUGGAUCCCAGGUCCUCUUGGCAUGGGCACUGAGUUGGUGGGUUGGUCUUCGGUGAAGCUCCCCUGGUACGCAGCUGCUCAGGUGCAUGCCUCGGUGUCGCCUGAUAAUGAGACUGGUGCUAUUCUGACGCCGGUCUUCUUGUCGACUACCUUUGUCCAAGAGUCUGUAGACAAAUACCUUGCCAAGGGGUUCAGCUACAGUCGCACCUCCAACCCGACUGUUCGUGCCUAUGAGGAGAAGAUCGCGGAGAUCGAGAAGGCUCCUGGGGGUGCCGCAGUCUUUGGAACUGGUAUGGCUGCUACCACUACCGUAGUAUGUGGGCUGAUGAAUGCUGGAGAUCACGCUGUGGUUACUGAGUGCAGUUAUGGCGGCACUAACAGGAUCAUGCGCGAGCAGUUCAUACCCUUGGGCAUGGAGUUCUCUUUUGUCGACAUGACUGACGUCGAGAACAUCAAGAAGGCUCUGAAGCCGAAUACCAAAAUGGUAUUCUCGGAGACUCCGACAAAUCCUCUGUUACGAUUGGUUGAUCUCGAGGCAGUCUCCGCACUAUGCAGAGAGAAGGGCAUUGUCCAUGUCUGCGAUAGCACAUUCGCUACCCCAGUCAUUUGCCGUCCAAUGGACUUUGGUGUUGACAUCACUCUUCAAUCAACGACGAAAUAUUAUGAUGGCCACAACAUCACCACCGGUGGUGCUCUGGCUUGCCGUACCAAGGAGUUGUAUCAGCGCAUGAAGUUUAUCCAGAACAUGCACGGCAACAUCAUGUCUCCCUUUGUUGCCUUCAUCCAGCUGCAGACUGUGAAGACCCUUGAAUUACGUAUCCAGCGUCAGUCGGAGACUGCUAUGAAGAUCUGCAAGUUUUUGGAGGGUCAUCCGAAAUGCUCCCGUGUAAUCUACCCCGGUCUUGAGUCUCACCCACAACAUGAGCUCGCUAAGAAGCUUCACAGGAACAACCUUCAUGGUGGAAUGCUAUGGUUCGACGUUGUUGGUGGUUCUGACUCGGGUACUAAGCUUAUGAACUCCAUCCAGCGCCCUUGGUCUUUGUGUGAGAAUCUUGGCGCUACCGAGUCUAUCAUCACAGCCUGUGCAGUGAUGACCCAUGCUAACAUGUUACCCGAAGACAGGCUUAGGUUGGGUAUUGUGGACGGGUUCAUCCGUGUGUCUGUUGGAGUUGAGGACGCGGAGGACCUCAUCCGUAGUCUCAAAGACAGUUUGGACCAGUUGUAA